AUGGGAUGCAAAAGGGUCUUCCCGUUCGUACACACGUUCCCCGCGUACGACGAGGCCCGGCGAACAUGGAUAGACAGCACCUGCGGUCGAUGCCCUGCGACGGCUGCCAUCUUACGUCGCCUGCCCAACAUCCGAACGGCGCUGUUUUCUCGGCUCGGGGGAGGUUCCCGGAUCUCGGGGCACCGGGGGUGGGCGGACCUCGCGAACCACGUCCUGCGGUGCCAUCUGCCGCUCAAGGUACCCUCGGAUGGGCCGUGCGGACUGUGGGUGAACGAAGAGGUACGGCAUCAUGUUGAAGGCGAGAUUAUCGUUUUCGACGACAGCAAGCUGCACAAGGCGUUCAACGAAUCGUCGGAGGAGAGGCUAGUUUUGAUCGUCGACAUCCUGCGACCGCCAGGGGUACCUCUUGGAACAGCGGACGGGGAACACACACCCGAGCUCGACGCCUUCAUUGAUGCCUUCCGAUAAGCUCCUUUCACCCCACCUCCACGGCUGGUGCGCCCAGGCCGGUGGGCUAGUACAGUGUUUUGUGUUUUGUUCAUACCUCGUUCGGGAGGAGCAAAUUCAUUCGUGUGUAGUGCAGGUAUCCUCGUAUUGCCCGCCUCUAUCUCUCUCCCUCUCUCUUGGGGAGGUUGUAGGUGAUGUGGAAUGAAAAGAACUUGUUGCUUUCGUGGGCGUGGUUUCAGUGUCUAGAUCUUGGUGGACUUGCACGAGCACAGCAGUAGUAAAAAGGCUUUGGGGCGUGAGCUACGAAUGAGUAUCGUUUGUGCCCCCUCUCUUAUUGUAGUUCGGUAUUGUUGUUCAGAUUGUUUGAUGUGUCCUUCUCUUGUGUCCUGUUCGUUCUGUACGUAUUCGUUUGUUGCUUCCAAGCUUCUUGCAUGUUGGGAGGGAAUCAGGUACCUACUCGUUCAUCCGGGGUAUUCAGCCCGGGGGAUGGUGUAUUGAGGAUUCCCUACUUGGCGGGACGAAGCAGUACAACUACGUAGACAGCCCCCGAGAUGCACGAGGGUGAGAGCAGCCCUCAGCCCUCGUCACGCCCAUUUUGAUUAACUGAACGGAGGUGUGUGUGGGCUCUGUCGUGAGCGACGUUUUGCUGCCAUGAUGACCGGUGCACAGGCAGUGUUUGAAUUCAUUUG